AUGUCUUCUCCUUUGGCAGAAACAGAGUCUGAUUCAGGACUUCAUACACACACACCCCGGGUUUCAAAAACCUCGGAGAUCAAUAGACAGAACAAAAGCAACCUAGAUUCGUUAUCUUCCUCGACAGGCUCGAUAAUAGAGGACGAGAAAAGGUCGAACUCAAAUGGAGAUUCGAGCGAUACUACAAACGGUGAGCCAGUUGAUCCGAAAGAUCUUGAUUGGGAUGGCCCCGAUGACCCCGAUAACCCGCAUAAUUGGCCCUCCUGGAAGAAAUGGUAUGCUACUAUGAUUUCCGCCUUCCUUUGUUUGGUCGUUACAAUGGGUAGCUCUCUUUACGUCUCAUCCGUGCCGGAAUUGGUGGCAAGAUAUCAUGUCAACCAGACUUUGGCUCUUGCUGGGUUGACUUUCUAUCUUCUAGGUCUAUCGACCGUUAUUGGCGCUCCAUUAAGCGAAGUGUUUGGCCGUAAACCCAUCUAUUUGUUUUCCUUGCCCCUGUCAAUGCUUUUCACCAUGGGUGUAGGUUUGUCUAACGGCCACAUGAGAAUAAUCCUGCCCUUGAGAUUUUUAUCGGGCGUCUUUGCGUCUCCAGCCUUAUCCGUUGGUUCCGGUACCAUCCUGGAUAUUUUUGAUGUCGAUCAAGUCUCCGUUGCCAUGACAUACUUUGUCCUAUCACCAUUUUUAGGUCCUGUUCUGUCACCUAUUAUGGCAGGGUUCGCCACUCAAGCUGAAGGCUGGCGUUGGUCGGAAUGGAUUCAAUUGAUUGCUGGUGGGAUAAUUCUACCGUUUAUUGCUGUUAUGCCGGAGACUCACAAAGGUAUAAUCUUAAGAAAGCGUGCCAAGAAGAGAAAUAUGGUUCUGAAGAAAUUCACUAGGAAGGACCAGAAAGAAUUCUUGAAAACCACUGUCACUGUUACAAUUUUAAGGCCAAUGAAAAUGCUUGUUGCCGAGCCAAUCGUUUUUGUUUUCAGUGUUUAUGUCGCUUUCAUCUUCGCCAUUUUAUUUGGCUUUUUCGAGGCAUAUGCUGUGAUCUAUCGUGGUGUUUACCACAUGAGUAUAGGUGUGUCGGGGUUACCAUUUAUUGGCAUUGGUGUCGGUUUAUGGAUAGCUGCUUUCUUCUACCUUUACAUCGAUAGGAAAUACCUUUUCCCAAAACCACCCAGUGGCACUCCAGCGCUAGAGGAAAAUGAAAGAACUUCUAAAAGAACAGCUCCUUACAGGGGUGCAAGAGAUCCUAACACCGGUAAAUUGCUACCAAUUGUUCCGGAAAAAUUCCUAAUUGCUUGUAAAUUUGGUUCUGUAGCAUUGCCUAUCGGCCUGUUUUGGCAAGCAUGGACAGCUAGACCAGAUGUUCACUGGAUGGCUCCAGUUGCUGCUGGUGUGCCAUUUGGUUUUGGUUUAAUCUUAAUUUUUUUCAGUGUUUUGAUGUACUUCUCUACAUGCUAUCCGCCAUUAACUGUCGCGUCAUGUUUAGCUGCUAACAAUUUAUUGAGAUACGUUAUGAGUAGUGUUUUCCCACUGUUCACUAUUCAAAUGUACACCAAGAUGAAGAUCAAGUGGGCAAGCACCUUGUUUGCUUUACUUUGUGUUGUAAUGAUUCCGAUUCCUUGGAUUUUUGAAAAAUGGGGGAGUAAAUUAAGACACAAGUCACAAUUUGGUUAUGCCGCCAUGCAAAAAGAAGCUGAGAUUGAAGGAGACAUAGAUGACACGAACACUGUCGGGGGUGAACUAAACUUGACGAGAAUGACCACGCUGAGAACUAUGGAAACAGAUCUUUCGACCGGGGAAAAGGCAGGUGAAAGAUUAUCGUUGCGCAGGACUCAUACACAGCCAGUCUCCGCCUCAUUUGCUCGUGAGGAAGAACCAAAUCAACGAAUCCGUAACGAACCUAUUUCUAAUAGUUUAUACUCAACUGUCAAGGAUACCGAGGAUGGUUAUUCAUAUACGGAGAUGGCCGCUGAUGCUUCUGGUAGAAUCGUUUGA